GGUUUUGACGUCGCACCGUCGCUGGGUUGGCCGGCUCCCCGCGGGGCUGUGGUUCCAGCUUCGCCAGGCCCGGGCGGGCGCCGGGGCCCGGUGCCCUGGGGGCUGCCGGCCCGCUCCUCGGGGUCCUGCUCGCUCAUCACCUCUCGCACAUCCCCAGUAGGGAAGGUCGGGGAAAUACUGUCUCCAGCUUUACGCGGCGGCUGUGUCCUCGAGGAAAGGGGGUCGGGGGCAGGGUCCUUGUGACGGAAGCCCCUGCUGAGCUCCUCGGUGACCUUGGCAGGCCCGAGGGGCCCGCGCGCCUCUCCCUCCCCCGCCCGUCCCCGCUCGCCGACGUCUGUAGGUCUCCGCGUCCGCGCCCGGCCGGAGGCAGUGACCUGGCCUGGCUUUGAGCCCGGCUUCGUGCCGUCGAGGACCUCGGUGUCGUUGAACUCUCACAGCUUUUUCUAGCCCGGCUUUGGGCACUUGUUCGUGGGUGUGCGUUUCUGUUUUCCUCUAAAUGUUCCCAGGAGGCUUCUCAACAGGUGUCAGGAUUGAGGAGGAAUAUGCCUACAUUUAUGAGCCUUUUUGGGAAGGAACCAGUCAAAGGAGCCGCUCAUCCUAGAAAAAUUAGAAACUACAGCUCCCCAGAGGCCUGCGUGUCUGCGUGGCAGUGGAAGGAGCCUCUCCUGCUUCCCCUUCUGACUGCCUGGGAUUCGAGGCCCAGGAGAAGCAGCAGAGAUGUCCAACGAGCCACCCCCUCCUUAUCCUGGAGGCCCCACGGCCCCCCUUCUGGAGGAGAAGAGUGGAGCCCCACCUACCCCAGGCCGCACCUCCCCAGCUGUGAUGCAGCCCCCACCAGGCAUGUCGAUGCCCCCCGCAGACAUCGGUCCCCCACCCUAUGAGCCACCAGGUCACGCGAUGCCUCAGCCCGGCUUCAUCCCCCCGCACAUGAAUGCAGACGGCACGUACAUGCCUCCAGGUUUCUACCCUCCUCCAGGCCCCCACCCACCCAUGGGCUACUAUCCACCAGGGCCCUAUCCGCCAGGGCCCUAUCCUGGCCCUGGGGGCCACACUGCCACAGUCCUAGUUCCGUCAGGGGCCGCCACCACGGUGACGGUGCUGCAGGGAGAGAUCUUUGAAGGUGCGCCUGUACAGACGGUAUGUCCCCACUGCCAGCAGGCCAUCACCACCAAGAUCUCCUAUGAGAUUGGCCUGAUGAACUUCGUGCUGGGCUUCUUCUGCUGCUUCAUGGGGUGUGAUCUGGGCUGCUGCUUGAUCCCUUGCCUCAUCAACGAUUUCAAGGAUGUGACGCACACGUGCCCCAGCUGCAAAGCCUACAUCUACACAUACAAGCGCCUGUGCUAACGGAGCCGGGACUGGACUCCCUGCUGUCAGUCUGGCCCCCUGUGCUUCUGCUCCCCUUGCUCAGUGGCUCGCUUCCCCGCUCCCAUUUGGGGAUGGAAGCCGUUCCACCGGUCCCCUGGAAGUCCUGUCCUUUUUGGCUUGCCCUUCCCUGAGCAUCUGACUCUUCGGCAAAAAUUCUGUUGGAUUUAAGGCCAAGGGUCAGCGAGUGGCAGGGGGGAUGGCACUGAGCCGCAUGUUGCUGGUUUGCUUGGUGUUUGUGAUGAGGAAGAUAAAGUGGGAAGGGUCUCCUCGCACAGUCUCCCUGCUGGGGUCUCUCUCAUUCCUCUUCUGUACAAAGUAUAGAUUUGGUCCUGACUCUCCCUGGGACCAAAAGCAGCCAGAGCAGAACUGGGGCCUGCACUGGGGCUGUAUCUGUAGCCACGGUUAUUUCUGAUCUGCUGGCUGAGAGUGGGGGAGUGGACCCAAGCAGGACAGGGACAUAAGGCCUGGCUCUGUUUUGGGGUGCCAGAGGUGGGCAUGAGUAUUAGAAGGAAUGACUCUGGCCCUCAGAACUCAGAAACUCAACACCUUUUCCAAGUGCCCAGGAGUCACCUGGGGUAAGGUAGAGAGGUUAGCACACCUGCAAAUAACGGGGUAAGCAGUUAAGGCUCCCGCUUGCCAAGAAGGGACUUGCCUCUGGCCCCUGCCCAGCUCCCUUUCUGGCCACCCCUCCACAAACCCAUCUUUGCUAGUGCCAGAAGGAACGCCCAGGAGCCUAGCUCAUCUGCCUAUACCACAUCCUUGCUGUGUGUGAGCAAGACCUUUGCCCAGGGGCUGGCGUAGCCUGGCCAGGACUGGAGGGGACAGGGACCGCUUCGCAAACACGCUCAGAUUUGCAGUGUGUUCAUGGAUCCUCUUCCCAGUAAACGCUGGGCCCCUUCUCCUGGCUGACUUGCUGUCACUGUGCUUGUUUCAGCAGCAGGUACUGCAGCAGGAGCAGCUGUGGCACUGGACUAGGACAGGCUGGGGAUGAGGAAGGAGCAGCCACACGUGGCGGAAGUGCCCUGGUGGACACCUGCCCUGGGCCUGAGCCCACACUGUAUUUCCUGGUUUGUCUGUGAACUUGAUCACGUGGACCGCUGUACCCACCGCCCCUCUCCUCGUCUCGCACUGCCACUGCAUGGCCUCCUGUCACUGUGAAUCAUGGCUGCUCUCAGUUUGUAGUUUCUCAUUAAAUUGGCCCUUUCACUCCCCUGC